UAUUUAAAAUGUUAAUGUUGCUGUUUAUUGUUAUUUUUAAUGCCAUGUGACAUUCGAUUUAAACACACGCACACGUCUUUGUUUGCUAGGUUAAAUACACAAAUAUUAAGUUUGGUUUUGUGUCUUGGAAUAUCCACAUGAGUAUCACGUUUCUUAAAGUACUUUCUAUUACCGAAUGGUUUAAUUUGAAGACUAUAGACGCACAUUUAUUUCGUGCCAUUUAAUUAAAGGAAAGUUUCACGUGGGACUAACUUGAUCAGACUGAUACCUUAUCGCAUUAUUUUAUUGAUAUAAAAAGGUGCUUGCUGUUAAAUAUCCACAUGCCCACUGCUUGGCAUCACUAUUUUUUCAGUGUAAGACCGUUUGUUUAAAUGUUUUUGCCCACGCUUUUUCACUGGCAUGUACAACUUUGUUCACAAUAUACACUAAACAAUUAAUAACUGCGGGCUUGAAAAAAAAUUGCAAAUCCAUAUUUGUUGUUAAUUAAAAACAUAAGCAGUGCAUCUAUUUCAAGUUAUUGCGAAUUGGAACAUCCAUUUAUGUAUUCAUCACCAAUGGUGUUUCACAGUUUAAACAGAACCAGUCUUUCCAUAUGGGGAUGGGGAGGCCUUGGUGUUGUGCUUUUUCUUAUAACUUUUGGACCUUUUGCAAUAUUUUAUUUAGCAUUUUAUGUCCUGUGCUUCACUGGUGGCUGUUUUGCGGUUACUCUUUUAUUUGGAAAAACAAACUCCGAAAAAUAUCUGGAAAAGUGUGAACACUCCUUUCUUCCUGCAACACAAUCCGGCAUACCCAAGACCUUGGAAGAAAUGAAACGAGAAAGUAGGCAAAUAAAAAUAGACCGAAGACUGACUGGUGCCAGCAUUAUUGAUGAACCUUUACAGCAGGUAAUUCAGUUUGCCCUGAGAGACUACAUCCAGUACUGGUAUUACACACUAAGCGAUGAUGAAUCUUUUCUUCUUGAAAUCCGACAAACAGUACAAAAUGCCCUUGUCCAGUUUUCUACCAGGUCAAAAGAAGUAGACUGGCAGCCGUAUUUCACAACACGAUUAGUAGAUGACUUUGCAACUCACCUUCGGGUUUUUAGAAAAGCUCAAGAAAGGAUGACAGAAAAGGAUGAUCAAAAACAACUCAAGGAUGAACCAGAGGAGCUUGUAGAAUCCUUCUUUGAAGCUGAAGUAGAAAUGGAGAGAAAAAUCUGUCGUGAUCUUGUCUGCACUUCACCCAGAGAUGAAGAAGGUUUUCUGAGGGAUCUGUGCGAGGUUUUACUGUACUUAUUACUACCUCCUGGAGACUUCCAUAACAAGAACAUGAGAUACUUUGUGAGGGAAAUCCUUGCAAGGGGAAUUCUUCUUCCGUUGAUUAACCAGCUCAGUGAUCCAGACUAUAUUAAUCAGUAUGUUAUAUGGAUGAUUCAUGAUUCUAGCAGUAACUAUGAAGCCUUUAUGAACAUUCUCAAACUAAGUGACGAAGUAGGAGAGCUGGAAGCUGUGAAAGAUAAAGCCAUGGAAGAGCUGCAGUUUCUUCGCUCUUUAGACACUGCAGGAGAUGAUAUCAAUGUGAUUAAGAAUCAAAUAAACAGCCUGCUAUUUGUGAAGAAAGUUUGUGAUACAAGGAUACAGAGGUUGCAAUCAGGAAAGGAAGUAGAUGCCCUGAAACUUGUAGCCAACUUUGGAAAACUUUGCAUAAUACCUCUGGAACACAUAUUGGUCCACAACAUUGCACUACAGUUUUUCAUGGAUUACAUGCAGCAGAAGGGAGGGCAGGCAGACCUUUUCUUCUGGCUCACAGUGGAAGGGUAUCGAGUCACAGCACAGCAGCAGCUGGAAGUUUUAAAGAGCUGGCAGAAGGAUGGGAAAAAGCAGACCAACCAGACCAAAGACUUGUUGAAAGCUGCUGCACUUGGAGUUUAUGAACAGUAUCUCUCAGAAAAGGCAUCCCCUCAAGUUCAGGUUGACAAAUCCUUAGUUGAAAGACUGGCAGAAAAGCUCAACAAAGAAGACCCAACACCUGAAAUAUUUGAUGAUAUCCAAAGAAAGGUGUAUGACAUGAUGCUGCGGGAUGAGCGGUUCUACCCGUCUUUCAGACAGCACCCGCUUUAUGUGCGGAUGUUGGCUGAGCUUGACAUGUUGAAAGAACCAAGUUUCAGAGGGUCAGAUGAUGGAGAUGGAGAAUCAUUUAAUGGUUCUCCAACAGGAAGCAUUAAUUUGUCUCUAGAUGACCUCUCCAAUGCUAAUUCUGAUGAAUCAAUGCAGUUGCAUGCAUUCAUUUCUGAUACUGGAGUGUGCAAUGACCAUGGGAAGACGUAUGCAUUGUAUGCAAUCACUGUGUUUCGGAAGAAUCCAGACGGCAGCGAGGACACCUGGAAAACCUAUCGUCGUUACAGCGACUUCCAUGACUUUCAUAUGCGCCUCACGGGGCAGUUUGAAAACCUUACAAGUAUUUUAAAGCUCCCUGGGAAGAAAACCUUCAACAACAUGGAUAAGGAUUUCUUAGAAAAGAGAAAAAAAGACCUGAAUGCCUACAUACAGUUCUUACUGAAUCCUGAAAUGAUGAAAGCUUGUCCCCCUCUGGCUCUCUAUCUGUGCGAUUUUUUGGAAAACAAAGCCUACAAUAAAGGGAAAGGGGACUUUGCACGUAAGAUGGAUACCUUUGUAAACCCACUACGCAAUUCCAUGAGAAAUGUCUCCAACGCUGUCAAGGCCAUUCCUGACAGUCUGGCAGAGGGAAUGACGAAAGUGUCGGACAACAUGGGAAAAAUGUCAGAAAAACUGGGGCAGGAUUUAAAACAGUCAAUGUUGAAGGUUCCUCCAUUGAUUCAGAAGUCUGAUAUAGACCCUGAACACUGCCGUGUCUCUGCACAGCUGGAUGAUAAUGUGGAUGACAAUAUUCCACUCAGGGUCAUGCUUCUUUUAAUGGACGAAGUCUUUGAUCUGAAAGAAAGAAACCAGUGGUUGAGGCGGAAUAUUAAAAACUUACUGCAGCAGCUCAUUCGAGCAACAUAUGGAGACACAAUAAACAGGAAAAUUGUAGAUCAUGUGGACCUCAUGACCUCCCCUGAACAGGUUGCAGACCAUGUGAAACAUUUCAGAGAUGCCUUUUGGCCCAAUGGUAUUUUAGCAGAAAAGCCACCCCACAGAAAUAAAGCAAUCCGAAUGAGAACGAGAGUGGCUGCCAAGACUAACCUGCUAGGAAUAAUGCCCGAUGAGCUGAAGCACAUUAUUGGUGCUGACACAACACGGAAGGGAAUAUUACGGGUCUUUAAGAUGUUCCAGCACAACCAGUUAAACCGGAGGCUUGUUUAUGUUUUUAUAGAGGGAUUUCUUGAAACCAUGUUUCCUCAAUAUAAAUUCCCUGAGCUGUUUAUCAAACUACAUUCAAGAUCUGAACGGAUGGAAAAAUAUUCACAGAAAUUAAAGACAUCCCAGGUUCCCUCCUUACAAAAGAGGUGACACCCCAAACCAGCAAGCUGUGCCCUUAUGACACUAAUGAAUGUGAAGAAAAACGAAUCCACACUUGGGUAAGUUUUCUGGGGGGUUCAAAAUGUACAUGAUAUUUUCUGGCCUGUCAUCUUAGGACAGUGAUGAUCUCAAGAACUGCAGUUUCCCCACGUCUACAUUCUCACUCAACCACUAUCUUGAUGUGAUUAUGGCACAUGUCAUUUGUUAUUUAAUUGUGCAACUUGAAAGAGGAACACUUCUUUAACUGUGUAAGAGGUGUUAAACUGCAAAAUCAUUGCUUUCUCUGAGGCAGAUAAAAAAACAUCAUCCAACCAUGGAAAAAAAGAUGUCCUUAGAAACUGGCAGAGAUGCCCAUAAUGAAAAUGUGUAAAAGGAUUUGGCUGCAUAGCAAGGUUAAGCACAAAAUGUGAUGAUCCAAGCUAGUGUUCGUGUGAACUGAAAUGGGCAUUCGCACUAAUCUAGAACCCAAAGUCACGGGAAAGUGGUAGUGAAAGAUAUGAAAUUAACGCUCAUAAACUGUUUGAAUAGUUUGCAUUAUUUUCCAAAAAUGACAUUUGCAUAAAAUUCCUCAGACACUUUGCUGACUGUAGACGGUCAGACACUGCUGACUGUAGAUAUUAACAUCCCUUCAUUUUAAUAUGGUAAUCAUAAAUCAAAAGUAGAUUUAGCUCUCAGUAGGGAUAACUGCAGCUUCAUGCUUACUGUAGUUUGUGUGUUUUAGAUGUCUAGGGAUGUUUACGUAUGCAAACACUCAGCCUGGGUACCGUAUCUUAAACUUACACAAAAAGUUUAGUGUCAUGUCUGUGAAAUUACUCUGUAUAGACCUAAUAAAGUAAUAAUGAUGUUAAACUUACUAAAACAGCUAAAUGCAAAAGUACUGAAAGAAAAUGCAUGUAUUGUUGCUGCAUUCUAUCUACAUAUUAAUUAAAUUCAUAUGAGCUACAGUACUACUCAGAUGUGAUUUGUCACUUACAACUAACUCAGGUGACAACGCGAGUACCAACAAAAUAAUAAAUAAAACAGUGAUGCAAUAACACUUUUUUGAGCAUGUCACUGUUUAAAAAAAGAUUUCGAUAUUGGUGUGUCCAAAUCUAUUCUGGUUUUAAACUUUUUAAUUUUCAAAACAGCUGAAAGAGUUUAUACAAAACGGAACCGAUCAUAACUGACUUAUUUAGUUAUGGGCCAGGGAACCUGGGUGGUACACAACAUCUGCAACACUUCAAUACAGCAUUUAAAACAAAUGUAGUUGCGAAUAGGCAGGCAUAACACAUUUCUCAAAGAUACCAAAACACUGUCUCCACAUGAGCUGCGUAAUUGAAUUUAUUUCAAAACAUUUUCUAUAUUGAGAAAAUACUGUGCCCUUUCCAGUUUCAGCUUUUUACCUUGAGGCAUCCUUAAUUUAGAGUGAGGAUGCAGUCUUCGCUAAAUUAAAAUGAUAUACCAAAAAAAGAGCUAUGUGAUAUUAUUUGUAGCCCCAGGAUCUUGAUUGUGGCAGACACAGGUAUACAAAGUCUGAUUUUAGGGGUGUGUGUGGAGACAUUAGACGUUAUGCGAUUUCUCACUGAGAGACAACAAGAUAGCCAGAGCCAACCACCUGCUUGUGUAAACUUACUUGGCUGUUUUUUUUUUUUUUUUUUUUUUUUUUGUUUGUUUUUUAAUUAUAUUAAAAGCCUGGUAUUUUAAUUCUCCAUGAACCAGGUUAAAUCACUAACUUCCCCAAAGAAGGCUGUUCAGUCUGUAAGUCGUUCUCACGGACACAAGUAAGGCUCAUGUACAAGCAUAUUAAAGUAUGCUUUAAAGAAUGUAACUCUAUUUCUAAUGUAAAUGUAUGUUUGUAUUUUUUUUUUAAACUCUGUUUAAUCAUGUAUUAUGUUAGGCUUCAGAUGUGAUUGUAGGAUAACUGUGCACUUAAAUGCAGGAAGCAUUGUGUUUAGUCUGAAAACUGUACCACUGUAUAAAGCAUAUAGUUUCAGCCUUAAACUAAGUUUAAAUAAAAUGAAACCUUUAUUUAACAAGGUAGUAGCAUCCCUAAAAAGCCCACUACAGUUACAGAAAAAAAAUGUAUUUUUAAAACCUAUUUCCACCUUAGCAUAGUUUCUUUCUAAAAAAUAUAUAUUUUAUUUUGUGCAAUAUUUCUUUAAUGCAUGUGUAUUUGAAUAAUUGUAUAUGGAAAUGAAUGUUUUGAAAUGUAAAAAUAAGUCUUCUAUACCCAACAAUUUACAUUCCGAUGUCAUACUAGUUUAUUUAAGGACUUGUUUUAUAAGUCUUGAUUUUCACUCUGUGUAAACUCACUUAUUAAUGGUGAACUUUGUUUGUAAGCAUGGUGUGUGUAUGUGUGUG